CACUGAUCUGGGCCACUUAAUAUGGAAUGUUUUCACAAAGAGAAAUGUCUACUCUCUUUUCGCCGUCGGAAAAAUGGCAAUCUGUUCUAACACAAAUUGGAAAAGCAGCUCUUUUCGGCGUCCUUUAUGGCUUCUGGCUCGGGAGAUGAUGAGGAGAAGACGAGGGGAGGUUCGUGGAGGCUCAUAGGCCCAGCCGCGGAGCUUUCCAAAAAGCGCUGCCGACUCAUGCACUCCUCUCUCGGCUACGACGCAGACGUGUGCCUUUUCUACGUCAAAGGGGAGUUUUUUGCCAUGGGUGCUCGCUGUGCACACUCCGGUGGCCCCCUCUGUGAUGGGGACAUAGAGGAGGCAGACGGGGUUCUCAAGGUGUUCUGUCCCUGGCACGAUUACGACUUUGACCUCAGGACCGGCAAAUCUGGGACAUCCUUACAGCAACAAGUGUAUGAAGUCAAGCUGGAGGAUGGGAAUGUGUAUGUGAAGCAUGUCAGUCAGCUGUCCUUGCAGCCUUUUCCUGCUGAUCAGAGGAGAUAAACACCAGUGGCUAUUCAACCUGCACAAGUACUCCCAGCUGAACACCAUGUCUGUAGCUAUGGACUUUUUGAGUUAUUUUACAGCAAAUCCUAGUAGAACCGAUGAAUUUCUUGAGCCUUAUCUGCUACAGAACAUUUCCUGUCUUGAUUACUCAGGAUGAUGUCACAUGACUGUCUGUGGAGGACAUGAUAGUCUUCCGAGCCGGAGACUGUGAUCUUUGUGUAUUGCACUAAAAGCACAAUAACAUGGUGGUCAUAUUAACAUAAUGGACAUAAACAACCAACAUACCAACAUGUAAAUACCCCAACCACUCUGGACCAGGAUUGCAAACCUCUGGAUCUCCGUACUGUCACCUAAUCAGAAAAACCUGCAGCUCCUAACUACUCCCAACUGUCCCAAAUAUUUAUAAAAGUGUAGUUAUAAAAGUAUUGUUCUUUAAAAGGAAAGCUGAGUUUGUUGUUGAAUUAAGUGGAUUUCUUUUUACCUUUUUAACCACUGUCCAAAUGUACAAUACAAAUGAUACAGAUAUUUAUAGACUGAAAUAUUCUUUAUGAUACUGAAUAUUUUGCUAAUAUGUCACACUGAAUCUAAUUACUGUAAAGAAAU